UGCCCGCUGCUAGCUGCUGCGGCAGGCUUUCGGUCGAUCCAGAAGCGGCGGGCUUUCCCCGGAUGGUUGCAGCAGAGGGAUCAUGACGGGGAAGAAGUCUUCCCGGGAGAAGCGGCGCAAACGAAGCGGUCAGGAGGCGGCGGCGGCGCUCGCGGCGCCGGACCCGGUUCCCGCCGUCGCCAGCGGCGGCAGUGGAAGCACGAGCGGUUGCGGGAGCGCCAGCGGCUGCGGGAGCGUCACCUGCUGUGGGAACACCAGCUUGAGUGGAAGUGUCACUGGCGGUGGGAGCGGCGGCAGCUGCUGGGGUGGGAGCAGCGUGGAGCGCAGUGAGCGCCGUAAGCGGAGGAGCACUGACUCGUCUGCCAGCGUCUCCGGCUCCUUGCAGCAGGAAGCCAAAUAUCUUUUGCCAACUCUGGAAAAAGAGUUAUUCUUGGCAGAGCACAGUGACCUUGAAGAAGGUGGAUUAGACCUUACUGUGGCAUUAAAACCAGUUAGUUUCUAUAUAUCAGACAAAAAAGAAAUGCUUCAGCAGUGUUUCUGUAUCAUAGGAGAGAAGAAGUUACAGAAGAUGCUUCCUGAUGUGUUAAAGAACUGUUCAAUAGAAGAAAUUAAAAAACUGUGCCAGGAACAGUUAGAGCUCCUGUCUGAAAAAAAAAUCUUGAAGAUUCUUGAGGGUGACAAUGGUAUGGACUCUGAUAUGGAAGAAGAGGCAGAUGAUGGCUCUAAGAUGGGAUCUGAUUUAGUUAGUCAGCCUCUCACUGUUGUGGCCUCUCCCGUUGCGGAGCACAGGCUCCGGACGUGCAGGCUCAGCGGCUAUGGCUCCCGGGCCCAGCCGCUCCGCGGCAUGUGGGAUCUUCCCAGACCGGGGCACGAACCCGUGUCCCCUGCAUCGGCAGGCGGACUCUCAACCACUGCGCCACCAGGGAAGCCAUGUUACUAUUUUCAAACAGAUUACACCUGUGUUAUUUAAAUUAGUCCAAGCCCUAGAAAAAGAUGAAAAGAUCUUCAGUUUACUUUAUGAUUUCUGCAUAGCUUUAAUAUUCCAAAUUUCAUAAAUAGUGCCAAAAACGUGUGCGGGGGAUUAUAGGGCUUCUCACUUGUGAAUAUAGAUGUAAAAAUUAUAAGUACAACAUUAGCGUAUAGAACCCAGCAGUGUAUCAGUGGGUAAUUAUGCUACUGACCAAGUAGGAUUUACUCCAGGAAUUUACAGGAGACUUAAUUAGAAAGUCUAUUAGCAUAAGUCAUUUCAACAAAUUAAAGGAGAAAAAUUACAUGGUCAGAUAAGUAGAUGCUAAAAAGGCCUUUGCUAAUAUUCAGCAGUCAUUUCUAAUAUAAGCUGUAGGUAAAAAAGAUAUAGUAGAAAACUAUUCAGAUAUGAUAAUGACCAUUUGACCAAGCUUAACUACCCACUUGGUGAAUUAAAAUGACGAAUCAGACAGGAUCAUUCAUUUUCAAUGUUUCUUGGAGGUUCUAGCAAAUGCAUUUAGACCAAAAGCAAAAAAAACAACCCCCCCCCCCCGCACACACACACGCAUGCGACAUUGGUGGUAGGGAGUAAUUAACUGGUCAAAGGCAGCGAAAAGAGAUGGGAUGAUGGAAGCAGAGAUUGGAGUGAUGUACUUUGAAGAUGGAAAAAGGAGCCACAAGCUAAGGAAUGCAGGUGAUCUUUCAGAAGCUGGAAAAGACAAGGAAAUGGAUUCUCCAGAAGAAAUGUAGCACUACCUACACCUUGAUUCUAGUGUCGUAAGACUAAUUUGGGAUUUCUGACCUCCAGAACUGUAAGAUAAUAAAUUCACAUUGUUUUAAGCCACUAAAUUCGUGGUGAUUUUUGUUACAGUGGCAAUAGAAAACCAUGCAAGGUACUUGAUUAAAACCUAGACAUAAGCCAGAGUUUUAGAUUGUUGCCUGUAACCAUAGAGAUGUUUUGCUCAAUUUAAAUAUUUUAAAAAUUUUCAAAUAGUUCCAACAUUUAAAAAUCAAGUGAUAACACACCAAAGUUUGGAUUUCUGAGUUGCUUGAAAAUCAGAUCAAGCAACCUUUCCUGAGAGGGCAAAAAAAAUUUGGAGCUGAGUGUAGGUACUCUCUUUUUGAGUGGCGUAUAUAUGUUUUACUUUGCCACAUAGUACUUCAUUUGCCUAUAUGCUUAAUGUACAGAAUGUCUAGAAAAUGAAACUCUGAUUCAAGGGAAAAUACAUAAAGGCCAAAGGUUUGCCUUGGAACCAGUUCUGUCAGUUUGUCAGUGUCUCAUCAACUGAGACAUACACCUUUACCUUUUUAUCCCAAUUUUGAAGAACAAAAAGAAUUUUAAAUAGGUGUAGAUAAAGCAGUCUAUGGUAUUAAAGACACGUGAGAAUUUUGAUAUUUUAACGGCAACCUGUGUGCUUUUAUUGUGGUGUUUAUGGGAAAGGACAUAACAUUAAUAGCGUCUUAGAAUUAUUUAAGAAGCUGUAAAGUGACAACUUUCAGUAUGAGGUAUAUGUAUGCCUAUGUGUAUGUAUAUGGUAUUUAAUAUGCUCUAUGUAAAUUAAUUUUCUCGUAAACCAUUAAAAGUUUGAAAAUACAGAAGUACACA